AUGAAGCGCCACUCUGGCCUCGUGCGCGAGUGCGAGCGUGACUCCACCAAGGCUUACCGGACCACCCUCACCCUCUCGACCGCCACACACCAAGUUGACACUGCCCCGCCGCCGCUCCUUCCCCCCACCAAGGACCUCAACGCUCACUCCGUCGCUGAUAACCUCACCGCUGCUGACCGGUUCCGCGGCUUACUUGACGACGGUGACGACGGGGACAAGAACGAGGGGUGGUAUUCGUGGAAGGGAGAGCUUGCGGCGCACCAGCUCGCCCAGCAGCGUGUCCUCGGCGCCCAGCAUCCAUGGUCGCUUUCCUCGCUGUAUAAUGUUGGCAGUUCUGAGAAGGAGGAUGAUCAUAGCCAGUCAUCCGACGCCGAGGACGAACCCGGCAGCUCACCCCCCACCACGGCCCUCUUCCGCGAAGCAGGCUGCGACAUCACCCUUCCCCAGUUCGCAGGCGACACGUUCUUCCCCCACAUCCCCCGCCUGGCGCUCGACCCCACUCUGCCCAACAUGGCCGCCGAGCACCCCGCGCGAGUGUGGAACGUGCUCCUGCACUCGCUCCCGCCCGACCUCCAGCCCAUGGUUCAGUGGGAGUACGAGGAGGUGACACUUUUAGGGCAGAUCGACGCCGACUUCAUAGCCCACCUCACGCUCAUCCUUCCCCCGUCGCACCCCGUCAUCACGGCCCAUCGCCUGUUCAAGGUCCUUCCUGACGACCGCUACUCGCCUGAGUAUCGCGAGGUCGUCAAGCUGCUCGGCGGGUCUAAGACGUGGUCUGGUGCUCCCAAGAAACUCAAGGUCGACGCACAAAACCACGCCCUCGCGGCUUGUAUCGCUGACGACGCGCUCAAGUGGAUCUACUCGCCUAACGUUCCGACUGCCGAAGAGGACGAGUACAACUCUGACGGGGACAGUGUUCGCGAGGUUGUCAAGAACCCGGACGUGAUUGACGUCGACGACGAUGACGACGAUGACAACGAUCCCGAGAAUAACCACGAGGGCAUCGGCAAGCUCCUGGCAAUGAUAAAUAACGCGCGAUCCACCUGGACCUCUUCGCACAGCUCCUCGCUCUCUUCGUGCUCGCCUCCCCCGGUGACUCGAACAAAGGUGCCCCGUCAGAGCAGCGACUACCUCCAACAGUCUUCUCUAUUCCAGAAGAACGCGCAGCAAGCUCCCCCCGCCGUGCGGCGCCCGAGAAGCGUCCCGGGCGCCGACUGUGCCACCGGCGGCCAGAUUAGCCACAACCCAGCCGAGUCUGUGGCGAAUAAUGGCACCCAGCACGACUGGCAGGCUCGUCUCGAGGACUUCUGCCACGCCUCUGGCCUCCUCUCCCCAACGUACUCCCAACUCAUUCUCAAGCACCGCGGCCACGCUACCAAGUUCCUUGGCCAGGUCACCGUCGACGGCGAAGUCUUCACCGGAGGCGUGCCGACCGCUAGCCUCAAGGAGGCCCGGCAGCAGGUGGCGUGGAUGGUGUACACGGGCCACUUUGGCCAGCGCGGAGCGCUGCCGUGUGCCAGUGCCGCGAGUAGCCCCCGCGCGCGUUUCAUCAUUUCCGUGCAAUCUACGCAAUCAUCCAGUUCGUUUCAUCGCAUUUCAUAG